AUGAAGGAAGAGUAUGAACACGAAGAUGACGCCCAGCUGGCGGCUAUGGGCCAUAGGCCCGAACUGAAGCGAAACUUUUCGACAUUGUCUAUGUUGGGGUUGGCGUUUGCCGUCUUAAAUUCAUGGACAGCUUUAUCGGCAAGUCUUUCUGUCAGUUUGACUUCUGGAGGAAGUACAAGUAUUAUUUGGGGCUUGGUCACAGCAGGAAUAUGCAACUUGUGCAUUGCUGCCUCUUUAGCUGAGUUUUUGUCCGCCUAUCCGACGGCGGGUGGUCAAUACCAUUGGGUGGCAGUAUCGUGGCCAAAAUGGGUUCCUAUCCUGUCCUGGAUCACAGGCUGGAUCAACGUUGCAGGAUGGAUUGCUCUUGUCGCAACAAACGCUCUACUUUCUAGCCAGCUAAUCGUUGGAAUCAUCUCCGCCCUCCAUCCAGCAUACGACCCGCAACGAUGGCACCAAUUCCUGAUCUAUAUUGGAUUGACCUUGCUGUCUUUCAUAAUCAAUGCUUCCAUGAACUCACUUCUCCCUAUUAUUUACCACGGAGCGUUCAUGUGGUCUAUUGGCGGGUUUGUCGUAGUAUCUAUUACCGUCUUGGCUUGUGCAUCGCCCGACUUUAAUUCAGCUUACUUUGUAUUCUGCGAUUUCAUCAACCAAACAGGCUGGCCCGAUGGCGUUGCUUGGCUGCUUGGCCUUCUCCAAGGCGGGCUGGGCGUUACUGCCUUUGAUGCUGUCGCACACAUGAUUGAAGAAAUUCCUCACGCCGCUGCUCAAGGACCGAAGAUCAUGGUAGUAUGUGUCGGAAUCGGAACAUUCACCGGCGCAAUCUUCCUCAUUGUCUUGCUAUUCGUCUCUGGAAACAUUGACGACGUUAUCAGCUCCAAGGCCGGGCCUCUUCUGCAGAUUCUAAUUCAUGCGACCAAGAGCAACGCCGGUGCCAUCUGUCUACUCAUGCUACCCUUGGUUUGCCUUGUUUUCGCUACACUCAGCGUUAUGACUACGAGUAGUCGAAUGAUUUUCGCAUUUGCAAGAGAUGGCGGUUUACCUGCCUCAAAGUUCUUUGCCAGAGUUCACACCAGACUCGGACUACCUUUGAAUGCUCUGAUCCUUACCUCGGUAAUUGUGAUCCUCUUCGGUCUGAUCUUCUUAGGUUCAACCAGCGCCUUCAACGCCAUCAUCUCCGCAUCAGUUGUAGCCCUCGAUUUAUCGUACGCGAUGCCCAUUGCAGUAAACUUUCUUCAAGGCCGAAAUGCUCUACCAGAUCGAAAAUGGAAGCUGCCUAAUUGGUUUGGUUGGACUGCGGACUGCAUUUCACUGGCAUAUAUUUCGUUGACCACGGUGCUGUUCCUCUUUCCUCCGGUGUUGCCUGUGACUGGCAGCAAUAUGAACUAUUGCAUAGUUGCAUUCGCCAUAAUCAUUAGUAUAUCUGUUUUCCAGUGGAUAGUCGAUGGGCGGAAGAACUUUACAGGGCCGCGGGUGAAUCUCAUUGCUGAGACCGUGGAACAGCCACCGACGCAGUCCUAA